GUCUCGUCUCGUCUCGUCUCGUCUCGUCUCGUCUCGUCUCGUUUCGUUUCGUUUCGUUUCGGCGAUGAACCCGCGCGAGCUGACCAGCCGUCGCGCGGAUACGAGAGACUGAGAGAGGCGGGGGAGAGGCAGAACGUGUGCCCCGAGACGUGUGUCUGUCCUCCGCGGUGUUACAUCCUCGGGACCGUUUGUGCGGAGAACGUGCGCGCAGGUGUUUCGGGAUAUAGUGUGCAUCGAGCGACGCAGCCAACGAAGACAAAGACACCACGUGCUGAUCCGGACGCAACGCGAUUCAUGGGAAAAAAGGGUGACGGCUUGAGGGGCGGAAGCUCGUCGACCUGUUGGCUGGCCGCGUACAUAAUAUUGCGAGGCGCACUUCCGGUUUAGCCACCACCAUGCUCUGCACACUGAUGCUUCAAACGUUGAUCGUUGUCGUGAACAUCGUGCCUGAAGCCCGUCUCCAUCGAGCGAACGUCAGAGGUAUAUACACCACAGGGGAACACGUUCACGAGCACCAGAUCGUGAUACCGCGGAAAGUGACCCACCGGGGGGAGUUUGUCUCGAACAACGUGACCCACCACCAUCACGAGGAUGGGCCAGUGGUUCACUAUCGGCUGUCAGUCGCCGGUAACGAGUACCAUAUCGAGCUGAUCGCCGAGGACAACUUCAUCGGACCUGGGAUGCUCGUCGAAAAACGAAAACGCGACCUACACGUGCGCGCGCGACCGAAAAAUCGCUCGGACAAGUGCCAUUACCGCGGCUUCAUUCAUGGCCAUCCGAACUCCAGGGUCGCGAUGUCCGCCUGCGACGGUUUGGCGGGCAUGCUUCGCGGCGAGCACGGCGAGUUCUGGUUGGAACCAGUCGCCGUGUCCCCGGAAGAAGACCGAGGAAUAGCCGGCAGCCUGGAGGAGAGGAUCAAGGAGAGGCUGGAAGAGGACGGCGCCGAGGCCCUGCACCGGAAACUGCACUCGGUGCGCUCGGUGCACUCGGUGGCCGGCAGGCCGCAUCUCGUGUUCCGCAGGUCCGUCGAGCAGCCGCAGCUCGAGAUCGGCGCCGCAGCCGGCGGCCGCGCCAGACGCCGACGAAAAAAGAAGAGAAAACUCGAGAGAAACUGUGGCACUCGCGGUGAGAAUCCAACGGCGCCAUCCUCAUUCUUUCCUGCUCCUCCUCCGCUUCUUCUGCCUAUUUUUCUUCUUUUACGCCUUUUCCUUCUUUUUCUUCUUCUGUCACGGCUGCUCUUCUUUUUGCCGCUUUUCCUC